CUUCAAGUCUUUGAUGCCCCUAAAUCUCCUCCCUCUUUUCAACAGACUUCUACUCUUGUAUAAAACCCAGCACAAAGCACCUCAAUCUCCAAAAAUAUCCAUCCUCCCACAGUUUCUCAUCUCAAAACCCCAAAAACACAACUGUAAAUUGGUUCAUAAAAAUUGCAUAAAUUCAUUUACACCAACCAGGUUGGUGUGCUUGGUGUUGGUGUUGGUGUUGGUGUGUUGGGUUGGUGUAUUUGUGGAGGUGAUAUUUGAAACUGAGUUUGAUUCAUUUUGUUGAUAUCAAAAAAAUGUCGGCGCCAUUCGUGGCAGAUGGAUUGGUGAGAGCGGUGAGUAGCCGGAGUAGCAGGAGUAGCCGGAGUUGGAGAUCGGGGAGUAUAAGAGAGGUGUGGCAGGGGUCAUCGGACGUGUUUGAGAGGAAUAGUACGCGGCGUCAUGACGAGGUGGAUGAUGAGGAGGAGCUCAAGUGGGCUGCCAUUGAGAGGUUGCCGACUUAUGAUCGGGUGAGGAAAGGGAUGUUACAGCAGGUCACAAGCCAUGGAAGAGUGAUUCGGAAUGAGGUUGAUAUGACUAACCUUGGUCCUCAAGAUAAGAAACAGCUCAUGGAGAGUAUUCUUAAAGUUGUUGAAGAUGACAAUGAGAAGUUCCUUAAUCGCCUCCGUGCUCGUACCGAUAGAGUGGGAAUAGAAAUUCCAAAGAUUGAAGUGAGGUUCCAGAAUUUAUCAGUGGCAGGAGAUGCAUAUGUUGGGACCAGAGCUCUUCCAACUCUCCUCAAUUCCACCAUGAAUGCUAUUGAGGGAAUCAUUGGAAUGGUUGGACUUUCUCGAUCUAAGAAAAGGGUUAUCAAGAUACUUCACGAUGUCAGUGGAGUCAUAAAACCAUCCAGGAUGACACUGCUUCUUGGGCCACCUAGCUCCGGAAAGACAACAUUGCUAAAGGCAAUCGCAGGGAAAUCCGAUGAUGAUCUAAAGAUAUCUGGAAAAGUGACCUACUGUGGCAAAGAGUUUAAGGAAUUUGUUCCUCAGAGAACGAGUGCUUAUAUCAGCCAGCACGAUCUUCACUAUGGUGAAAUGACAGUUCGCGAGACAUUAGAUUUCUCAGGACGUUGCUUGGGAGUUGGAACGAGGUAUGAAAUGUUGGUAGAGUUGUCAAGACGAGAGAAAGAAGCGGGUAUUAAGCCCGACCCUGAGAUCGAUGCAUUCAUGAAAGCCACAGCUGUGGCUGGCCAAGAAACCAGUUUGAUCACAGAUUAUGUUCUCAAGAUACUUGGAUUGGAUAUUUGUUCUGAUAUUAUGGUGGGUGAUGACAUGAGAAGAGGCAUUUCUGGUGGACAAAAGAAGCGUGUCACUACCGGAGAAAUGUUGGUUGGACCAGCAAAAGCAUUUUUCAUGGAUGAAAUAUCGACGGGGCUGGAUAGUUCCACCACUUUCCAGAUUGUCAAGUUCAUGAGGCAAAUGGUUCAUACAAUGGAUGUGACCAUGGUCAUCUCUCUGUUGCAACCAGCGCCUGAGACAUUUAAUCUCUUUGAUGACGUUAUCCUACUUUCAGAAGGCCAGAUUGUGUAUCAAGGUCCACGCGAGAACAUUCUUGAGUUCUUUGAAUAUAUGGGAUUCAAAUGCCCCAAAAGGAAAGGAGUUGCAGAUUUUCUCCAAGAAGUAACUUCCAAGAAGGACCAAGAACAGUAUUGGUUCAAAAAGAACCAACCUUACAGAUAUGUCUCGGUGAACGACUUUGCACAGGCCUUCAACUCUUUCCACAUCGGGCAACAGAUAACUGAAGAACUUAGAAUUCCUUAUGACCAGUCCAAAGCCCACCCUGCUGCUUUGGUGACUGAGAGUUAUGGCAUCUCCAAUCGGGAACUCUUCAAGGCAUGCUUAUCGAGGGAGUGGCUGCUAAUGAAGCGCAACUCUUUCACAUACAUAUUCAAAACCACUCAGAUAACAAUCAUGGCCACAAUUGCCCUCACUGUUUUUUUAAGAACAGAAAUGAAAACUGGAACAGUAGAAGAUGCUGGAAAGUAUAUGGGGGCGCUGUUUUUCAGUCUUAUUAAUAUAAUGUUCAAUGGGAUGGCAGAGCUAGCAAUGACGGUUUUCAGGCUUCCCGUGUUCUUUAAACAGAGGGAUAGCUUGUUUUUCCCUGCAUGGGCUUUUAGCUUGCCAAUUUGGCUCCUCCGAAUUCCUGUUUCAUUCAUGGAAUCUGCGAUAUGGAUCGUACUUACCUAUUAUACAAUUGGGUUUGCACCGUCUAUUACUAGGUUCCUCAAACAGUUUCUGUCCUUCUUUAGUGUGCAUCAGAUGGCUCUCUCACUCUUCCGAAUGCCAAUUCUGACCUCUACCGGUAUGUUUGUAGACAGUACUGAGUCCUUUACACUUUAUCUCUGUAUCUUCCGAUUCCUUGCUGGUGCUGGAAGAACUCCUGUUGUUGCAAACACAAUGGGUUCCUUCACCUUGCUAUUGGUCUUUGUUCUUGGUGGCUUCGUUGUUUCCAAAGAUGACAUUAAACCAUGGAUGAUAUGGGGCUACUAUAUUUCUCCUAUGAUGUACGGACAAAACGCCAUUGCGAUCAAUGAAUUUCUCGAUAAAAGAUGGAGCAAUCCCGCCGCUGGUAGUUCCCAGCUUUCAGUUGGAAAAACUAUUCUUAAGAGCAGAGGGCUCUUUCGGACGGAAUAUUGGUACUGGAUUUGUAUCGGAGCGCUUCUUGCAUAUUCACUGCUUUUCAAUGGUCUUUUCAUUGCUGCACUGACAUAUUUGAAUCCUUUUGGAGAUUCUAAGGCUGUAAUUUCAGAAGAGGAAGAUGAUGAAAGUAGUAAUAAGCGGCAACUGGCAUCCAACGGUGAAGGUAUUGAUAUGGCUGUAAGAAAUCCUCAAGGGAGCACCAGCUCAAAUGUUGAUGGUGCAAAUCAAUCUAAACGAGGAAUGGUUUUGCCUUUUGCCCCCCUUUCACUUGUAUUUGACCAUGUGAAUUACUAUGUGGAUAUGCCUGCAGAAAUGAAGAGUCAGGGAGUCGACGAAACCCGUCUACGACUAUUACGAGAUGUCAGUGGUGCUUUCAGGCCUGGUAUUCUAACUGCACUAGUUGGUGUCAGUGGUGCUGGAAAGACCACAUUGAUGGAUGUCUUAGCAGGGAGAAAGACCGGAGGGUAUAUUGAAGGAAACAUAAGCAUUUCAGGUUACCCAAAGAAUCAAGAAACUUUUGCUCGAGUCAGCGGUUAUUGUGAACAGAAUGACAUCCAUUCACCAUUUGUUACUGUCCAUGAAUCUCUCUUAUACUCUGCCUGGCUGCGUCUUUCUAAGGAUGUGAAUACAGAAACAAAACAGAUGUUUGUGGCAGAAGUUAUGGAUCUUGUUGAGCUCAAUACCUUGAAAAAUGCUCUAGUUGGACUUCCAGGAGUAAAUGGUCUUUCAACUGAACAGCGAAAGAGGCUCACCAUUGCUGUUGAGUUGGUUGCUAAUCCCUCCAUCAUCUUUAUGGAUGAGCCCACAUCAGGCCUUGACGCAAGAGCUGCUGCAAUUGUCAUGCGUACUGUGAGGAACACGGUGGACACAGGGCGAACUGUCGUCUGCACCAUUCAUCAACCGAGCAUAGAUAUCUUUGAAGCUUUCGAUGAGCUUCUAUUGAUGAAGAGAGGAGGGAAUGUGAUAUAUGCUGGACCUCUCGGUCGCCAUUCUCACAAGCUUGUUGAAUAUUUUGAGGCUGUUCCGGGGGUUCCUAAGAUUACAGAGGGUUACAAUCCAGCUACUUGGAUGUUGGACGUCAGCUCUACCGCAGUUGAGGCACAACUUGAUGUUGACUUUGCAGAAAUUUAUGCCAAUUCUGACCUCUACCGGAGAAAUCAGGAACUUAUCAAGGAGCUAAGCACUCCAGCACCGGGUACCAAUGACCUCUACUUCCCUACCAAAUACUCGCAAUCCUUCCUAACUCAAUGCUUGGCUUGCUUCUGGAAACAACACUGGUCAUACUGGAGGAACUCACAGUACAAUGCUAUCAGAUUCUUCAUGACAAUUGUCAUCGGUAUUAUUUUUGGUGUUAUCUUCUUGGGCAAAGGAAGCAAAAUACAACAGCAACAAGACUUGCUUAAUCUUCUUGGAGCUACCUAUUCUGCUAUCCUUUUCCUCGGAGCCUCCAAUGCUAAUGCGGUGCAAAUCGUUGUAGCAGUUGAGAGAACAGUAUUUUACCGUGAAAGAGCAGCUGGGAUGUAUUCAGAGUUGCCUUACGCGUUUGCUCAGGUGGCCAUAGAAACAAUUUAUGUUGUAAUUCAGACCCUUAUGUAUGCUCUUCUCCUUUACUCGAUGAUUGGCUUUGAAUGGACAGCAGUCAAGUUCUUCUAUUUCUACUACUUCAUAUUCAUGUGCUUUACCUACUUCUCCAUGUACGGAAUGAUGGUUGUGGCUUUGACUCCUAACCAUCAAAUUGCGGCUAUUGUCAUGUCCUUCUUCUUCAGUUUCUGGAACUUGUUCUCUGGUUUCCUCAUCUUCAGGCCGGAUAUCCCGAUAUGGUGGAGGUGGUACUAUUGGUGUUCUCCAGUUGCCUGGACAAUCUAUGGCAUUUUCACAUCGCAAGUGGGUGACAAGACCAGUCCUCUUACUUUCACUGAUGGGUCAGUCUCUACAGUGAAGGAAUUCCUUAAAAACAGCAUGGGUUUUGAAUAUGACUUCCUCAUUCCUGUAGUAUUUGCGCAUGUUGGUUGGGUCCUUCUCUUCUUCUUCGUCUUUGCUUAUGGCAUCAAGUUCCUCAACUUCCAAAGGAGAUAG